AUGUCUCUUCCUCCAGAACUAAGGGUUCUGUGCUUCCAGCUCUCCUCCACUCCACCUACUGAUCUUCCUCGUCUUUUACCGACGCUUCUUAGCCAUGUUUAUCGUUGUCAAGUCCCUCUAUCCAGCCCGGCCGGCAAUGCCACCCAAGCAGAUGCAUCUGCGUCUUCUGUUCUUGUGCACAAGCUGAAGACGCAUCUCUCUAGCCUGCUCAACGGGAAGAGCCUCGAAGGAAGAUUCACCGCCGUUGUUCUGAUCAAGGCUGUGGUCGAAGUUGGAGGAUGGGAAAUUUUGCAAGGUGCCGAGUCAUGGGCUCGAGGGCUACUUACUAUCCUUGGAAAGCCAGACUCUGCUGCAGUCAAGGAGCUUUGUAUCAUGACACUCAGCAAGAUAUAUUGCAUGACUCAGCAGUACCAGACUCUCAUCCGGGAGAUCACCACCCCCACGUUGCCGACCUUUGUAACUUCGUGCUUGAACCUAAUCUCGGCCUCUUCAAAAAAAAGCCAGGGUAGACCUUCAUCUCUCGACGAAAUCAUUUUCCACUCAUUUGCCAUGCUUUUACCUCGUCAUACUACCAUCUUCCGUCCUUUUGCUUCACAAAUUCGUGUUGCUACUCGUCCUUACCUUGCACCUACGAUGUCUGAUGGGUUCUACGCAUCGCAAGCUCUGAGGGAUAGUGCUCGACGACUCGUCGUGGUUCUCCACCAAACUGCAGCAAAGAACACGAGCGCAGAGGAGUGGAGUAGAGCUGUGCGUGAGCUAGUCACAGGCAUACACAUGACUGCCGAUUGUGUUUUUCGCGCGGUCGUCGAGGACUGGGAAUCUACCGCCGGUCAUGUCAGUGCAGCUAUCGAUGUCAACCAGGCACUAGCUGGGGGCUCGGCGACCGCUGAAGACUUGCCUUCGUGGACCGGCAUUUAUGCUGGGGUGGAACGUCUGACCGGAAGACUUGAGCUUUUAACAGAGUAUAUCAAGACCGAGACAUCUGCACCUGUCACUAUGCCUCUGGGAAUGAUCAUGGAUCUCAUCACCAGAAUGCUGUCCAUCGCCAUUCCAUCUUCCGAUCCUUCGGCUGGAUACAGGGGCGCACGCCUCCACCCUGCCAUAGAUCGUGACGAGAGAGACGGCUUGUGGACUGGCAUGCCUCAGAUAUAUGUUGCUGCAUUGAAACUUGUCGAUACAAUUUCUAUGAGGCUGGAAAACGGGUUCUUGCCUUUGGCACUAGAGAGCUUUGACCAGCUAGCCUGGGCUUUCGAAUAUGGCAAGCACAGCCCAGAAUUUCGCUCGAUUGCAUAUGUCGUUACUGCCAAGAUCUUGGUUCAAAUCGGACAAAGUUUCAACCGAGCCCAAUGCGAUAAGCUCGUCCCCAUCGUCCAGUCCUGUUGUCGAGACUUGCAAGAGGCUCAUCCAAACUUUACCGACGCUGCUAUUGACGAUGCUGGAGCCAAACCACAGAGAAAUUCAAGUACUGAUACAUUUCUACGAACUAAGGUUGCUAUAUCUAUGGAGCAGAGUGCUAACGACUCUGAUGUCGCUGCCGCUGCUAAAGAGCUACUUCCAUUGGUACUAUCUCAUCUGCCUCAGUCAUACCUGAGUCUCUCUAUGCGAGCGCUAGUUGAUCGAACCUCCAUCCUCACCCACGAUAAAGACGCUAUGUUAGCGAGCAUUUUGAAUCCAGCUAUUGCAAGGAACGGGGCAGCUUUACCUAGCAUACUACCCCACCUGACAAGAGAAUUCGGUCAUGACGCUGUCGUUGAAAUCUUGCUGCGGCCACGCAUGCCCGUCAUUCCUUCCACGGCCAGGCAUACAUCUGUAGACGGCGCUGUGGAUGAGGGCGUUGAAGACGAAGAAAUGAACUUGCAUCCCGACUCUACCUCGACUCAUCAAGACUCAAGAUCCAUGCCAAACUCCACACACCCAGACCCCUUUGCUGCGUCCUCUCAACCAGGACUAGGCUCUGCUACCGAUAUGCCUGUCGGCCAAUCUUCAAAGCAUCAUUCCAGCUUUGCUACUUCUAAUCUAUCGUCAGAAGUCCCAUCCAUGGGUGAUCAUCACUUGAGUGCGACCGAAGUUAGGCAAGCUACUCACGCCACCCCCAUUGAGCAAACUGAAGACCCUAUGGCGGAGGAUAAUGAAAGCUCGGACGAUGAAAGUGUACACCUUACGAUGCAACUAGACACGGAUUCCGAGGACGAUGCCUAA